AUGAUAGAUGGCUUCAGCUCUGCUCCGGGACGCACACUUGCCUCUACCCUCAAGGAAGUCCCUAUCCCCCUCAUCGUAGUCGCGCCUUUCCCGCCAGCGGCCAGCAGUCGUCCCGGCCCUACGCUUGAGAUGGGAGACGGGAUCUUCCGAACUCCUUCUACAGCUAAAUUCCAGUCUUUGCAUUCAGUCAACAAGAUACUACAAAACGAUGUACGCGUUCCAGGACGCACAAGUGCCACAAGCAUAGAGGAAGCCCCUAAUCCACUCAACACAGUCGUGCCCUUUCUGCCUACGAUCAUCAGCCGUCCUGGUCCUGUGUUUGAGAUUGGAAACGGGGGCUUCCGCACUCCUCUUUCUGGCAAUGAAGCCAUGGAUGAUUCCACUCUCCCGUCCGAACUGCCGUUUAACUACACAUCUAGGAUCCAAAUAAUCAACCGUUCACCGGGAUGCACGCCUGCUAGCUCAAUGGAAGCCCUCAAUCCGCUCAUUGCAGUCGAGCCACUCCAGCCAGCGCUCCGCAGUCAUCCCGGUCCUGUAAUUGAGUCUGGCACGGAGGGCUUCCAAACCGUUAUUGCAGGCAAGUACAAUAUCGUCCAGAACAAUUCUCUUCCGGUAACAUAUGUUACUUCCAGUAUCCAGCCAGUAGACGCUGAUUCCAACCCCGAGCAGCCUGCCAUAUCAUCCAACGUAUCUAACAAUUGCCUGCCGGUCAGAGGAUCCAUUUCGUCUGGUGAAUUACCUGCUCAUGCCUUGCGCAUCUACUACCAGAAUGUGCGCGGCCUCCGUACUAAGGUGGACUCUUUCUUUCUGGCUGCUAGUGAAUGUGACUACGACGUAAUUGUUUUGACGGAAACUUGGCUAGACGAACACAUCCUCGGCAUACAGCUAUUCGGUCCUAAGUUUGCUGUUUACCGUACAGAUCGUAAUUCAGCUAACAGUACUAAGUCUCGCGGAGGAGGAGUCUUGAUAGCAGUCUCAACACGCUGGAAUAGCUACGUUGACUCUACAUUGACAAGCAUUGCAUUGGAGCAGUUAUGGAUUAGAAUUUCUACGGCCGAUCGAUUGGUUAGCAUAGGAGUAUUAUAUCUACCUCCAGACCGGCGUAGCGACAUAAAUUGUAUUCGGGAUCACAUGAACUCUUUUAGCUCUAUUAGUUCCAACCUGGACUUCAAUGACUUCGUCUUGCAACUAGGAGACUAUAAUCAACCGAACUUGGAAUGGGUUGCAUCGGAAGACGGGUUUAUGCAUGUGAACCCUCAAUCUGUUUUGUCCACCAGUAGCUCCGCAUUGGUCGAUGGUUUUUCGUUCAAUUGCUUGACUCAGCUUAAUGGAGUGGCUAACAGAAAUGGUCGGUUUCUGGAUCUCGUCCUCGCCAACGAUGCAGCUAAAUCUACUUGCACCGUUUCCGAAGCCAUCGAACCUCUCAUCUACCUGGAUGCUGACCAUCCCGCUCUGGACAUAGUCGUCAACCUUCCGGGCCUGUUUACGUUUGACGAUGCUUCUGACGUGCACCAAAUGUACGACUACCGCCGAGCUGAUUAUGAUAGUAUUUGUGAUGCUAUUUCAUGUAUUGACUGGUCACCCAUCGAGAUUGACGUAUGUGUAGAUGAUGCUGUUAAUUAUUUCACUCGCCAAAUUCAUCGUAUAAUUGCGGAGCACGUGCCCCUGUGUCGCCCGAAGCCUAAACCUCCCUGGUCGAACAGUCGUCUGCGUCAGCUAAAGCGAAGUAGGGCAAAAGCAUUGCGACAGUACUGCAAGAAUCGCACGCUGAUUACGAAGCAGGAGUUCAACCGUUCCAGUACUGCAUAUCGUGUAUACAAUCGAUUCCUUUAUCGUCGUUACGUGCUUCGAACACAAUCAUCACUCCGUAGAAACCCCAAACGUUUUUGGUCGUUUGUUAACUCCAAACGAAAGGAAGUUGGUCUGCCUUCGUGCUUGCAUCUGGGUGAAGAAAUCGCCAGUUCUGAGCUGGAAAAAUGUAAUUUAUUCGUUCGACAUUUCCUAAGUACAUUCAAUGCCACCAGGGCCACCGCCGAUCAAAUAGCUGUUGCAAAUCAAUUCACGCCUAGAAAUGUUUUAGAUUUACAUGCGUUUAUAAUCGAUGAGCAGACCGUUCUGUCAGCCAUCAGAAAAUUGAAAAGCUCGUACACUGCCGGCCCGGAUGGUAUUCCGUCUUCUGUGCUCAAGAAUUGUUCGAACUCGCUGGCUACCCACUUAGCUAGGAUUUUCACACUGUCGCUCCAGGAGGGUGAGUUUCCUGAUGAAUGGAAGAUGUCGCACAUGUUUCCCGAAUGUACAAAAUUACCGAGGCAUCACAUCCUUAUGUUCUUGCUCCAAACUAUUCGAGAUAAUCAUGAAUGA